UCCGCGUCCUGUGACUGCAGUCAGGUGGUUGAGGCCUCCCCUUUGCUGCCCGGCGGGCAGUGCUGCUUGGUAGGCGAGACCUCGGCCAGGAAAGUUUUGGGGCUGAGCAGAGCGGGGCCGAGGCGAGGCAGGCGGCGGGGAUGGCCGGCGGGGAGGGGCCGGUGGCCGGGGCGGCGGAGUGCCGGGAGCACCUCUUCAAGGUGCUGGUGAUCGGGGAGCUGGGCGUGGGCAAGACCAGCAUCAUCAAGCGGUACGUGCACCAGCUCUUCUCCCAGCACUACCGGGCCACCAUCGGGGUGGACUUCGCGCUCAAAGUCAUCAACUGGGACAGCAAGACCCUGGUGCGGCUGCAGCUCUGGGACAUCGCAGGCCAGGAGCGUUUUGGAAAUAUGACAAGAGUAUACUACAAAGAAGCAGUUGGUGCAUUUGUGGUGUUUGAUGUCACAAGAGGCUCCACUUUUGAAGCUGUUUCAAAAUGGAAGCAUGAUUUGGACAGUAAAGUAUUACUUCCCAAUGGCAGCCCCAUCCCUGCUGUUCUUCUCGCAAACAAGUGCGACCAGAAGAAAGAUGGCAGUCAGAAUCCCUCUCAAAUGGACCAGUUCUGUAGGGAAGGUGGCUUUGUUGGGUGGUUUGAAACAUCUGCCAAGGACAACAUCAACAUAGAUGAAGCUGCUCGAUUCUUGGUGGAAAACAUCCUUGCCAACUAUAAAACCUUUCCUAAUGAAGAGAAUGAUGUGGGGAAACCAAAACUGGACCUAGACCCGUUGAAAGCGGAGAGUAAAUCACAGUGCUGCUAAUGCUACCACUGUUCAGCAAAUGCGAUAGAAUGAGCAGCAAGACUGUUCCUUAAAUUAAACUGCUGCUAUGGUGCUGCAUUGUGACAAUCCAUAUGGAGUGUCUGGUAUUAUCUGAACAGGUGAUUCAUGUGGGCAUUUACAUAUUCUUGUUUAGCCUGGAACUUGUGAACUGUCACUCCACUUGCUUGAGUGACUGCGUCUGUCUAAUUAGUUUCUUACCUGAGAACAUAAGGUAGUGGUUACACUCCUGAAAAAGGAAUAAAGUUACAUUCAGUGUCUACUUUCCUUCUAGGACAUAUGCUACAUUCCAAAUAGGACUCACUCAUGGUUUUAGCUGAACAGACACUUGCACCUUUUCUGAAUACUUCUCCUUUGUCACCAGUAAUGUCCCACUUUAGCCUGACUUCUCACCUACACACUUGUCCUUAUUUAUUAUCCCCACCAUGAGGGUCUGUCUCAUUGCUAGUUCUCCUGGAUCGAGACAUUCCAGAAAUCUUGAAGUGGACAAUGACAGACAGGAGAUAUCAUCCUUAGUGGGCUCACCAGGAUUGAGUGGAGUAGACUGCUUUCACCACAGAGUAAAAACAAGAUGGAUAAAUGACUGUAUUUAAUGGGAAAGGCAUGGUUAAAGAUGAUAACAAAAAUGCAUCUCCAGCUAAUUAAAGCAGAAUAUUUUCAGCUAAUACUUUACCUGUGAAACACAUUAAUGAAUACAGUUGUACUUCUGACACAACUAUAAUUAUGGUAAUUUCACCCAUAUGCACACCUAGAAAUAAAUGUCCAGAAACCUUUUCAUGCACUAACACACAAAACUUUAGCAAGAGUGCAUAAAGUAAAUAUCUUACUGUCCUGUGAUAAUCAACUUGCUUCUUUUUUUCUUCUGCCUGGAGAUGGUUCUGGGUCCUGAAUACUGAGAGGAGAAGGAGAGUUGUCAUCAAAGAACCAGUUAAACUAUUUCUUUCUAGCCUAUCAAACACAAAACUCUACCUUUUUUCAAUUUUAGAACAGUGCUGCACUCUUCUGACUACUCAGGGCUGAUGAACUGGCUUACCAGUUUGUAGCUCUCUGUGCUCAAGUUUCCUUAUUAUAACUCAUAUGCAUUUCUGGCAGCAAAUGAAAAUCAAAAGGAGUAGAGAGACGACAGUUCUUGAAUAUAUUCUGGAACUCUGGCUCUGCUUGGCUGAAAGGCUUUGAAGUUCCUUUUAAAUUUUAAAGGUUUCUUCUGUCCUGGUAUCUUAUUGCUACUGGCUUCAGAAGUCUUAUCUUGUUUGGUCUGAUGGUACUGAUGUUUAAACGUUAGCAUGAAGUAUGUGCCAGACUGGAUGUACUCUAAUCUGCAUUGAAACUUCCUAAGCUGUCUUUUUCUAAAGAGUAACAUACUUUUUAAGAGACCAAUAAAUAUAUUUGGGCAUCUUA